AUGUUCUUAUUCGCCAGCUCAAUCAAGGACACAACAAGUGGCGAUCAAGGAUCCAGAAGAAAGAAGACCAAGCAGAAGCUCUAUCAAAGAUCCAGAGGAAAGAAGACCCAGCAAAAGCCGACCAAGGAUUCAGAAGAAAAAAGAGGCAGCAGAAGCCGGCCAAGGAUUCAGAACAAAGAAGAGGCAGAAGCAGCGCAAACGAGUCCAUCGGAACUCCUCAAGAUGCCACGAGGAACCGAAGGUAAGGCUUCGGAGUCGCAACUCGAGAACUUUCCUGUAGCAAUGGUUGAACAAAUGCGGAUUCAACAUGAAGAAAUGAAAACGCUGCUCACCACCUUGGCACCCAUGCAGAGAACUACCGUCCAGGACGUCAGCAAGGAUCAAUACGACCAGCUGAGUAAAGAUGUGCAAAUGUUCGUGUCCGACGAAGAGAGGUACGGACCGGUCAUCAGGGAUUCGGUCUUGCUGGAUAGCAAGAAGCGCGAUUUGAUCCUCAUGAAGCUGGACGAGGACGACGGAGCUGGACUACACAGCACUGAAGACGCUACAGUUCGUAUCUCAGUAGAGCAUUCAGAGUGGGCCACUCCUAUCGUUGUAGUCAAGAAGAAAAGUGGGCAAAUCCGCUUGUGCGGAGACUUCUCGACAGGAUUGAACGAUGCGCUGCAGUUGCAUCAGCACCCAUUGCCCACUGCGGAGGACGUGUUUACGAAGCUGAAUGGAAGACAGCUUUUCACGCAAAUCGACUUCACAGAAGCAUAUCUGCAGGUGGAAGUUGAAGAAGAAUCGAAGGAAAUGCUGACGAUUAAUACGCACAGAGGAUUAUGGAUUCAAUGA